AUGAAGCAGCUGUGCUGUCUGUUGUGUCUUGGACUCCUACAGGCUACUUUCUCCCUGGAGCAAGAGGAAAGCAAACCCAGGAAGCUGUGUGGCAGGCACCUGCUGACAGAAAUUAUAAAGCUCUGUGGCCAAACUGAUUGGAGGCAUUUCCACUUGGACAUGGACCAGGGAGCUGCUUUAACACAUCUCUCUGAUCAGUCCUCACAGCUGGUCAAAACCUUCAGCCCCCACCAAAUCCCGUCUUCGGCCUGGGGAAGAUUCACAAACCCAGUCCUUGCAUCUCCCUCUCAGGAGAAAGCAGUAAACACUUGGGAGGCCCAGCCACUGCCUGAAUAUCAGUUUGAGAAGGUCAACUUGUUUCCUGAGAACCCAAGAGAUUUUUCAUCCCGUGAUGCCAAUCCCUAUGAUGAGGGUGUAAAACUUCAGAAGAAAAGUACAAGCAAAGUCAAUAGCUUAUUUUGGGGGAACCAUCCCCAGAGGGAACGCAGAGGUUUCUCAGAUAAAUGCUGCCUUAAGGGAUGUACAAAGGAAGAGCUGGCUGUUGCGUGUCUUCCGUAUAUUGAUUUUUAAAGCUUAACGAUAAAACAAAUGUUGCUGGUGACUGAGAUGUACAAAGAAAGCAUCGUAGAAACUAUGCUAGCUUAAUAAAUACUAUGUCUAAUUUA